GAGGGAGGUGCACAAACACGUACUAAUGGCUAACAGCAAGCUAAUUGCAGUUCCCAUAAGUGGACUAUGUGAGGAGGAUGAGGUCAGAAAAUGCAUCUGAUGAUCUGAACAUAUUUAGUUGUCUUGUCUUUAGCCCUUUAUGCCUUCGUUAGAUUUAGAAUGACAUCACAUUCGAACUAGUUACAACUUUACCAAAGCAGUUCUUUUCCAUUAUUCAAUUUCCAUUAUUAUUAACUAUGCUGUAAAACAUUUGUUAGUUGAGCUCGGUAUCCAAAUAUUCCUCAUGGGUGAUUAGCAAGUCCACCCUUUAAGUGCCAUAAAAGGUCUUAAAGCAUGCUCUUCUAAGCUCUGGGGAAAGAGCAUUAGAAGUGUAUUAAUGAUGAGGCUAAGACCUCCUCUCAUUCUACAGUAACUGUUGUCACAGUGCAUGUCCUCAGCUGUGUUUGGACUACCAGAGAAAAUGGCCAGCAAGUUAACACAAGAGCAGAUCACAGAGUACAAAGGAGUUUUUGAGAUGUUCGAUGAAGAUGGAAAUGGAGACGUGAAGACGCAGGAGCUGGAGAGACUGAUGAGUUUAAUGGGAAUCAAUCCCACAAAGAGAGAGCUCAGCCAGAUGGCCAAAGAUGUGGACAAAAGUGGUAAAGGCAUAUUUAACUGUGACAGCUUCCUGGGUCUGAUGGCGCUGUACCACGAAAGAACCAAGAACCAGGAUGCUGAACUCAGAGCUGCCUUUAAAGUAUUUGACAAAGAGGCCAAGGGAUAUAUUGACUGGAACACGCUCAAAUACGUACUGAUGAAUGCAGGGGAACCACUUAAUGAGAUCGAGGCAGAGCAGAUGAUGAAGGAGGCAGAUAAAGAUGGAGAUGGAACCAUUGAUUAUGAAGAAUUUGUGGCCAUGAUGACCGGGAACUUGUUCAAAAUGAGCUGAAGACCUUGUGGAUAUUCUGCAACUUUUGUGUUACAAUUACACACAAUUAAAAAAA